CGUGAAUUGGUUGGUGGUUUCGACGGUGGUGCCGUGAUGAUGGGUUGCGUGCGGUGCGGGAACCAACAGUAACUAACUAUCCAGUGCAAUCCAGUGCCAGUGCCUACCUUGCUUAUUGUGUCUAGAAACGUCCGCCAUAAUCAAAUAAAUAAUAAAGCGAGUUCGCGAUAAAAUGAUGCAAAUAUCCGUUUGACAUAUCCGUGAAGUUUCGUUAUUUUUGAUACAGUACAUUUACAAUUAGGAGAAAGUGAAAAUGAGCUCGAAAUCCGACGUGAAUAGGAGAGUGCUAGCGAUACAGGCAAAAAAGAAACGACAUAAGCCUGGCAAGAAGAAGGGCAAAAACGACGAGCUAAAUGGACAAGGGGCCGGCAAUCGCAACAACCAACGAUUCGAGCCGUCGCACAGUUCCAGCAACGAGACGAUCGAAGAUGCCGACGGCCAAUAUUCGAGCGAGGAAGAGGAGGAGCAGGAGGACAGCACCGACUACCGCAAAGGGGGUUAUCAUCCCGUCAAAAUCGGUGACACCUUUUUGAGUCGGUACCAUGUGUUCAGGAAACUUGGUUGGGGUCACUUCAGCACCGUCUGGCUAUGCUGGGACAUCGAGGAUAAACGAUUCGUUGCCCUCAAAAUUGUCAAGUCAGCCCAGCAUUUCACCGAAACCGCUCUCGACGAGAUCAAGAUCCUCAAGUCCGUUCGCGAGUCCGAUCCGGAAGAUCCGAAGAGGAACAAAACGGUCCAAUUGCUUAACGACUUCAAAAUCAGCGGCGUAAACGGCGUUCACGUCUGCAUGGUCUUUGAGGUGCUUGGGCACCAUCUCCUCAAACUGAUUAUCAAGUCCAACUACAAUGGCAUCCCCCGGGCCAAUGUUAAGGUUAUUAUGAGGCAAGUCUUAGAAGGUCUCGACUAUUUACACACCAAAUGCAAAAUUAUUCACACUGACAUCAAACCAGAAAAUGUCCUCAUCUGUGUCAGUGAGGAGUAUAUUCGCAAGCUAGCUUGUGAGGCAGCUGAGAUGCGCCAGCUCGGAUUAAAACUGCCCACCUCCCUUGUCAGCACUGCUCCCAUCCAAGAAACACCAAGCAACAUAAAAAUGAGCAAAAAUAAGAAAAAGAAAAUGAAGAAGAAAGCCAAACGCCAAAACGAACUUCUCAAGCGACAAAUGGAACAAAUCAAUGAGUUGGAUGAGCAGAAGAAGGUGAAGGAGAAUGGUGAUAUUAAUGGAGAGAUUGCUGAAUGCAAUGGGGAAGCUAGUCCUAGUCCAGAAAGUACCCCAGAGAAUGAGAGUAAAUUGCCAAAUGGUUGCGGAGACGAAUUAGGACUGGGAGGUGGUGAUGAUAAUCAAGAACCAAAAUCACCAACAGAUAAUUCAGCCACACUCAUGUCUGAGGAUGAUUCACCUUCAGUUACUUUAAAGAGUGAACCGAAACAGCCAGAACCUGACCCAGCAUUCACUGAAUGUGAAUUUGAGGUAAAAAUCGCCGAUUUAGGUAAUGCCUGUUGGGUGGACAGACAUUUUACAGAAGAUAUACAAACUCGCCAAUACAGAUCUCUGGAGGUCUUAUUGGGAGCUGGUUACAGCACAUCUGCUGAUAUCUGGAGCACUGCCUGCAUGGCAUUUGAACUGGCCACUGGUGAUUAUUUAUUUGAACCUCACUCUGGAGAAGAUUACAGCAGGGAUGAGGACCACUUAGCCCAUAUAAUUGAAUUAUUAGGUGAAAUUCCUCGUAGGAUAACAAUUUUGGGGAAAAACUCUAAACUGUUCUUCAAUAAAAAAUCUGAGCUGAAGCAUAUAACAGGACUUAAGCCUUGGUGUUUAGAAGAUGUAUUAACUGAGAAAUAUGAAUGGAACCGUAAACAGGCUGAGGAAUUUGCUGCUUUCCUGAAACCCAUGUUGGAUUUUGAUCCUGACAGGCGUGCUACAGCUGCACAAUGCUUACAACAUCCAUGGCUAAACGCGCCAAAUUGUUCCGAAAUGUCCGAUCUGAAAAUAGGAGUGCUGGGCGCCGGUGUCGUGGGCUUGACUACAGCGGUCGAGCUCCAAAAGGAAUUCAGGCAAGCCCAAAUCGAUGUCGUCGCGGAUAAAUUCUACGAGGAUACUACAAGCUUUGUAGCUGCUGGCCUCUUCAGACCGGGAACUAGCUUCUGUGGACCCACCGAAGAUAUAACACGGAAAUGGAUAAGCGAUGCGUACUACUAUUGGGACGAGAUUCGAAAAACUGCGGAAGCUCCGGAUGCUGGUGUGACCCAAAUGUCCGGUUACAUAUUCUCUAGCAAAUUUCCCGGUUUAGUCCGUAACCAUUACAUCGAGAAAAUCGUGCCGAUUUAUCGAUCGGCCACCGAAGAGGAAUUAAGCAUAUGCCCUGGAAACUGGAAGUACGGCUCCUACUUCACUACGCUCCUGACUGAAUGCAGCCGUUACCUACCAUGGGCAACGAAGAGAUUCACUGCAAACGGCGGGAAAAUAACUACAAGAAAAAUCGAGAAUUUUUCUGAAUUCCAAAAUCAAUACGACGUCGUUGUUAACUGUACCGGGCUCGGAUCCAAAUUCUUGUGCAACGACUAUAAAAUUGUUCCCAUGCGGGGUCAAGUCCUAAAGGUCGAGGCAAAAUGGAUAAAGACCUUCUUCUACGGCGACUAUGAUACGUAUAUAAUCCCAGGAUUUGAAUCCGUGACUCUAGGCGGCUGUAGGCAGUACGAUUCCUAUGAUUUGUCUGUUAACAAGUACGACGGCAUGGCUAUCAAAGAAAGAUGUGAGGCUUUACUACCGAGCCUGAAGAACGCCAAACUUGUUGCACAGAGGGUCGGGCUUCGCCCUCACAGGGAUCCCGUGAGAGUCGAGAAAGAAUUGGUCAACUGCAACGGCAGUAAACUUAAGGUCGUGCACAAUUAUGGACACGGAGGUUACGGAGUUACCGUCGCUCCCGGCACUUCGCUAUACGCAGUCAAAUUAUUGCCAGGAUUAGAGAAGAAGUCUUUCAGUUGCCUCACUUCUUUGCCCGAAUCCAAGAGCUCCGUAUGCAACUCCAGGGCUGUUAGCAGCAAUCUAUCCUUCAAUAAUUUCUUUGCCACAUCAUUAGUUGCCAGUAUUCUUGUGAAUCCUACACAACAAUACAGCACUGUUUGUCCAACACCCCAAAAACAGGCAUACAAUGGCUGCAUGGGUAGGCUUGAAAAUCUAUACACUGAAGCUAUAGCUGCACUACUAACUAUUCCUGAUAUCAAUGGAGUCACAACCCCCAUGACAACUAUUACUUUCAGAAUGAAUAUUGACUUUCCUGAAGACAGUGACUCAAGUGAUGAAGACUAUGUCCCAGCUGGAGCAGCUGAUGUACCUUCUGAGGUAGACUCAGAUGGUGAUCCAGAGGAUCCUUUGUCAGAUUCAGAAAGCCUUGAUAAACGUGGAGCAAAACGCAAAAAGAAAAGUUCCAAAUCUAAGAAGAAAAAGAAAACAGAAGAAGCUAAUGAAGACAAUGCAGAAACCCUAAAGACUAGUCAGGAAAAGUCAGAAGCUACUGAGGAAGACAAGAAGAAACAUGCAGAUUCACUGUGGGCGAGUUUUAAAAAAGACACAGGUUUUAAGAAGAAAGCAAUUGACGACAAGAAAUCUACCACUAGUAGCGAACCAAUAAAAAAAUCGGUGGUCGCAGAUGAGAAACCGGUUAGUAAAAGCGAACCGGCAAAGGUGAAGAUUACGGAAGUGUUCGAGUUUGCUGGUGAGGAAGUCAAAAUCGAAAAGGAAGUUGCGGCGGAUUCGGCUGAGGCCAGAUUAUCCACGGCAUCGGGUUCUGCACCACCGGCGAAAUCGCGUGGUGGUUUAGGAGGAAUUGGAUCAGUAUUAAAUCAGCUUGGCAAGAAGAAGAAGAUUAGCACUCUAGAGAAAUCCAAAUUGGAUUGGAAUAAAUUUAAGAAGGAAGAGAAAAUUGAGGAGGAAUUAGAUAAAUAUAAGAAGGGAAAGGACGGGUAUUUGGAGCGUCAGGACUUUUUGCAACGAGCGGAUCUGCGUAGGUUUGAAAUUGAAAAGGAAAUUAGGACAAUUGAACGAAACAAGCGUAUGAACAACGUACAAUAAUACUUAAUAUUUAUGUUAUUAAUAAUCACAUUCCACAUCAUUCUCAUCAUUUUUGAACAUAAAAUACAAGUAUUUAAUGGUAAUUUAUUUAUUCGAAUUAUUUAAACUGUCAGACAUUCUUAAGUGUAUUUUCAAGUAUACUUAUGCCGCAAGUUCAAAAAGCGUUGAUACGAGUGU